GCGUCGUUGUGUUGCAAGCAUGAGCAAGGAAGUCAGCCUGUAUAUAGCAGCGCGACUUGGACAGAUUCAAGAUGUCAAAAUGUACUUGGCGCAAGGUGCAAACGUCAACUGGACAAACCUUGAAAACAAUGGAUGGACGCCGCUACAUGCUGCAUCGGAGCGUGGAUACGUGGAAAUUGUGAAGAUUCUUGUCGACAACGGCGCCAACGUGAAUGCGACAGAUACCUUUUUUGGAAACACGUCACUCCACGAAGCGUCGCAGCAUGGACGCGUCGACGUCGUCAAGAUCCUUCUGGACAACGGCGCAAAUGCAAACGCGCCAAACCUUUAUGAUGGAAGCACGCCACUCCACAGUGCCGCCUCGUCGUGCUUUGAGCACGCUGCGGACGCGGUCGAGUGGCUGUUGGACGCCGGGGCGUCCUUGUCCACACGGAACAAGAGUGGCAUGUCUGCUCGAGACGUGGCCGCCGAAAAGAACAGACGUGCGGCUUUGGCUGCGUUGGACAGAUGGACAAAGGGAGCAGCGCUUUUCCAUGCCGCGAAAAGUGGACUCGUCCGUGAAGUCCUGACUUGUUUGGCUCAAGGUGCCAACGUCAACUGGCGCAACAAAGCCGAGCAAGGAUGGACUGCGUUGCAAAUCGCGUGGACGUGCGGGCACGUGGACGUCGUUCAGGCACUCCUCGACGCCAAAGCUGACGUCAACACGACGGAUGAAGAUGGCCAUACUCCCGUCCACAUCGCGUCCAGUAAUGGAAAACACGCCGUCGUCAAGCCCCUCGUGCUGUGCGGCGCCAAAAACGACCCACCCAGCACGCUUCGAGACCUUCCAUGUCACGAGGUCCCUGGUCACGUCGAACCGGCAUUGCAUGCCAAGGCGAACGCAUCGGCGAGAAUGGAGGACGGCAUAUAUGCUCAAGUUGUGGCUGAGGCUGUGAUGGCGCUUGAUCAGGAUGCACAGGUACAGCAUGAUCACGCCGACAGAUUCAAUGCCGGCAUGGACUGCCAGGCACUGGUCGCCCGUUCCAUCGACUGUUUCUGCGCGGGUCAGCACGACUUGGCCGUGCAAAUCGCCAACGAAGCGCUUGCGACGCUGGGAAUUGCUAAGUCCGCGUGGGUAUGGAUCGGAGAGAAUUUGCGCGGUCGCGGUCAGUACGAACAAGCUCUUGCGGCGUACGUGAUGGGCCAACAAGUCGAUCCGAGUGAUGUGGAUUGCAUUGUCGGCAUGGAAGACGUCCGCGAUACGAUCCAAGUCGCCAAAGUGUUUAACCACAACAUGCUUCAACUUCUUGCCAAAGAUCGCCGCAUGCGCGAGUAUUUGAAGGACAAGGCAUUUGUGUCUCGAUUGAAUUCAAUUCAAGCAGAUCCGACCCAAUACGACCCGCAGGACAAACGCCUCGCCCAUGUGUUUGAAUACCUUCACGACCGUGGCGGGAUACCGCCUCCACACGUGCCACCCUCCGUCGCACCUCUGACGGAUAGCUUCGAGUCAAACGGCACUCCAAUCGGCGCCAUACCCAUCAAAGAGUCGUUGACAGAGCUCACGGAAUACCUCCUAUGUCCAGGCACUCCAACCGUUUGGCGGUUGUCCAACACGUACCUCCUCAUUACGGACCUCGUGAAUGAGAGCAGCCAUUGCGUCUUCAAGGCGGAGGACCCGACCCGGCGCCACAAGCAGUUUGUGGUCAAGCUCACGGACCAAGAGGCAGAAGUCACGUUUGUGAAGCGCAUGAACGAUCGAGACGACUCGAAGCAUGUCGCCAACGUUGUCGAGUGCGUCCAAGUGUGCACCAUUCCUUUGGCAGGGCCAGCCAAAACGUGCUUUGCCCUCGUGAUGGAACAAGGAGAGCCGCUGGACACGUGCCAUCUUCGCAACCUACAGAGGCGCCCGCUGCUUGCGCUCGAGUGUGUCCAAGAUGUAGCCAAGGCGCUCCAGUUCCUCCACCGCGACCACGCCAUCAUCCAUGGCGACGUCAAGCUCGAGAAUGUUCUCUAUUUUGACCGAGCCGUCGGGUACAAGCUGAUUGACUUUGACCAGACCGUCACGAUUGGGUCGGCCAUGCGACUACACUGCACGCACGAAUACUGUCCUCCCGAGAUGGCCCGCCUCAUCUUGCAGCGCCACAACCACGUCCUGAUGGCGGCGUCGCCAACGUUUGACGUGUGGUGUUUGGGUGUGCUGAUGCUCAAGCUGUUUGUGGACGGUGGGCAUUUGGAAGAGUUUGACGGUGUGGCGGCGGGCGACGGGAUUUUGGAGAUCGUGGCCGCCCCAGGGUUUUGUUUUCGCAAGAGUCUGGCCAAGGCGUCGCAUUUGAACUCGAGGCAAAUGACAUUUCUCAUGACGUGCUUGGAGCCUGACGUGUCGAAGCGGGCGAACAACGUGAACGACAUUGUGGACAUCGCCACGUUUGAGUCUCCAACGUCGACGAUGCCACCGACUCGAUCGGCAAGCAAAGAAAGCGUGUGUGAGAUGCCAAGUGUGUGGACGAUUACGAUCGUCAACGGCAGGCGCCGCUUGCCUCGUGGGGAUGUACUCCGUGGGCUUGAGUGUCGCAUUGGGGUCGUGAACGUUGCAGGAGCGACGUCGUGCAAGUUUGACCAAGACAAAAGCAUGACUGCAUCGUGUGGAUCGGACGUAGUCGCGCUCGUGCUUCCGUUCUUCCGCGUCCUCAUGGUCUUGUUGGACGUAUUGGAUGCGCUGGAAGAUCACGGAGCGGACGUGGCGAGCUGGAAAGCACUUGCAUGGCCACCGAUCGACUCGAUCCACGCGGCUGUCGACGCUCUCGAGUCGAUUCACACGACCACAACUGUGCUUCCCAUUGAGCUAGAACUGCGUGCGCUGGACGACCGAUUGACCCAAAUGACUUGUUUGGCCAUGGAAGAAGUUGAAGCACUCCUCGCAAGUGUGACGCGAGCACUCAAGCAGUUUGCCACGAGCAGCGACACGUUGGAACGAGUGGUCGCAGUUCUCACGUGUCCUGGUGUGGCGCCGACAUGUGUGGGAGGUUUGGUGGGUCACGUCCAUCCAGCCACAGGCGUCGUUGCGUGGAAGUGCUGCGUUCAUGGCGGCGGCUUCGUCCGUGGCGGCGACAUGGCGUCGGGAGCUGUGGCCAACCCCGGUGACCUUCCCUUGUUGUGGUCGCUGGAACCAAUGGCCCAACUGGGAAGUCGCAUCAAGGAUCCCCCCAGCUUACGCCGCGACCGGUUUCGCCUCGUGUUUCAAUGCGAGUGGCGGCGCGAGUCCGCGUGCCACACGCAGCAGCACGAUGCACGAAACGAUGCCAUGUUGCAACUCUUGGGAGACUCGGACGCGAUCCGUUGCUUGUUGCCGAUGUUGAAAGUCAGCUCGUUGGUGCUGCGGGCGUUGAGUGUAGCGGCUGUGUUUGGCUUGACAUUGCACGGCCUUCGAUUCGACUAUACCAAACUCCCCCUCGGCCUGCAGACCAUCGCGGCCAUGGAAGCACUUCACGGUUCGACACGCACGCUGCACGAAUGGGAAGCUACGUUUGAGUCGAUCCUGGACCGGCUGGAUGCCGAAGACACGGACGAUGCCGAGAUGGCAAGCCAAAUGAACAAGUUGCAGAUGGCGUUGACAGCGUAUCGAGUUGCCGUCGACCCGAUCAUGAAGGACGCGUUGGCCGGCCUUGGGUUCGACUGGAAGCACGAGCGUCUCGGUGGGCUGACCCGAGUGACCCUUCCCACGGGACACAGUCGAUGGGUGUGCGAUCUGCACCGGACAAUGACGUGAUCUUUCCCCGUGCGUUGUGCACUCUACUGCGUGUGUCCUAGCGAUGGGCUGAAUGCACAUUUCGUUUCAAUAGUCGUCGUAUGCAAACCUGUCCACGCAAUCCCGUAGCGCG